AUGCCACUUGCACCACCAACAUAAGUAGCAUGGCUGCUGCAGCUCUUCGUCUGUUUCCGAAAAGUGUCAACUUUAGUUCCAACAGUUCACGAGUACGAGUUUUUCGCUGGAGUUCAUGCAGAUGCAUUCAUAGAUAUAAACCUGUCAACCACGUCCUCAUCGGUCACACUGGUUCAUCUAGGCACCUAAACAAUCUUCUCAGCCAUCAAUGGAGAAGUUUUCAGCUCUGCCGACCACGCUGGGGGGAAGUGGUCCCAUUCAAGCUCUCGGAUAUUGGUGAGGGCAUCAGUGAAGUUCAUGUAAAGGAAUGGCACGUGAAACCGGGUGAUAAAGUUAAUCAGUUUGACAGUAUCUGCGAAGUACAGAGUGACAAGGCGUCAGUCACAAUCACGAGUCGAUACGAUGGCAUCAUCCGUAAGCUCUACCACGAAGUCGAUGAGAUCUGCAAGGUGGGAUCCCCCCUGGUCGACAUCGAGAUCGACGGAGACGGUUCAUCCUCGUCCGACGACGAUCACAUACAGGACCAAGAGGUCCAGCCGAAGACAGGCCAUUCAGGUGAUUCCACGGCACAGUUGCCACCUGCUCAAGUACCGACACUCGCGUCCAAGGUGCUGACUACUCCCGCUGUGCGGAGGUUAGCAAUGGAGCAUAAUAUCAAUCUUGCGGACGUUCGAGCAUCCGGCAAAGAUGGCCGCCUUCUCAAAGAGGACGUGCUUCGGUUUCUCGAACAGAAGGCUGCCCCGUCUGCACCCGUUGCUUCUGCACCACCAGUUAAACCACCCCCGGUGAAGACAGCGCCUGUUGCCGCGAAAGCUCCUGCACCGCCUCCGAAGGCACCCCUUGCAACACCUGCAGUGCGCGUUGCACUGCAGGACAGAAAGGAGCCGGUGAAAGGGAUUCAGAAAGCUAUGGCCAAGACCAUGUCAAAGUCUCUGUCCAUCCCCCACUUCGGGUACUGUGAUGAAGUGGAUGUGACGCGUCUUGUGCAACUGCGGCCCGUGCUGAAACGCAUGGCCGAGUCGUACGGGAUUCGACUAUCUUACAUGCCGUUUUUUAUGAAGGCAAUGUCUGUGUCCCUCUUUGAGUACCCCAUCCUGAAUUCCCACGUGGAUGAAAAUGUUGAGCAUAUCACUUACAAGGGUGCCCACAACAUUGGUGUCGCGAUGGACACUGCCAGCGGUCUGAUCGUUCCCAACGUAAAGAACGUGGAGUCGAAGAGCAUCUUGGAAGUGGCAGCCGACCUCAAUCGUCUCAUGGACUUGGCAGCGUCUGGCGCGCUUUCGACCAACGACCUUGCGGGAGCCACUAUCGUACUUUCAAACAUUGGCACAGUGGGAGGAACGUACGCGAAACCGGUAAUCGUACAACCCACGGUUUGCAUCGGAGCGAUCGGCAAGAUUCAGCUGCUGCCAAGGUUCGAUGCCUCGGAGAACCUAAUCAAGGCGAACAUCAUGCAAGUCAGCUGGUCGGCAGACCACCGGGUCAUCGACGGCGCCACCAUGUCGCGUUUCUCCAACCUCUGGAAGUCGUACCUGGAAACUCCAGCCACGAUGCUAAUGCACCUCAAAUAGGGACGACGGAACUUAGUACCUCUAGCCUCGUAAACAGCGUCAGUUCUCUGGGAGCAUUUUGUUCAGAAAUGCUCUCCCGUUGGUAAGACUAUUCACAACAGCACGCGGAACAUGGUUGACCGACAUGCAGCGAGCGCGUCUGCCACGUGCGAGCACGUCUGCCAUGUGCAGCGCCUGAUGCAGGAGCUUUGGGUGACGGUUCUCAGGUUCUUACGGAAACAGACUAUCGUACCUGCUGUUUGCUAGCCAUCCUCGUUUUAAAAUACAUACCAGUUCAGGAGGGUUAGCGAGGGCAGUGGUUAAUGUGAUAAUGCAGAUUUUGUUGACAUUUUCUCUGUAGCUCUUCAAAGCAGCCUGACUCCUGCGUCAUCUUAGAUGCGGAUUACCGUUUUUAUUUUUGUUAUAGGACGUAUUUUAUGCCACUGUGUAGGAAAAAAGCAGGAACAAAUCUCUCGAGUUAAUCUUGAAAAUAUGUGUGUAUCGUGGUCGAAUACAUGCAGUUCAUCUCCCGGUUCACUUUUGUAGUGAAAGAUACACUCCUCCCUUUAUUGUUGUUGUUUCUAAGCUGUAUUUUUGUGAAGGUGAAUUCGUUUAUUAGACCUUGCACUCUGUUGUCCGCCUAGUAUUUUACCGUGGCUCGUUGAAGGAGUUACGUGCCCGCGGUCUGCACGAGGUUGCCAGGAGAGAAUCUCUGAAGGGACUAGGGUCUUGUCUGUACCUGGAAGUCUAGUCUCGGUGAGGUAUGUUUGUUUCAAAGAUGGGUGGAAGCUGUACAGUGGGAGUUUGUGGCAGUUGUUGAAAAAUGCACUGUGUUCUUUGUUAGCUUUUUCUUUAAGUUUUGGAUAAUUAAAGCGCCAUAUACUAA